AUUCCAGUCGGAAUCCAUGACGGAUCUUGUACCCAGCAGCCAGCCCUAUAUUAAAAGUGGUCGAGGCAGCCGACUGAACAUCUUUUGUUGCUUAAUCCUUCUGAGUUGGCGGGGUCUGAGCGCAGGAGAAGCAGGCACCGGGCAGAGAAGGAAGAGUGCGUCUGAGGAUACGUUCCUCACGCUCUGCAUGCAGUGGAGUGAGUGAAUGUGCAGACGGAAGUGGAGACAGUCCACACUUAUUUGGUCAUUAUUCCAGAUCGGUGAAUUGAAAGCGACAGCAACGAGAGGGGGGGAAAGUAUAUAUUUUGUAUAUUGUUGCUGUGUUUCACGGAAGAAAUGGCCGAGCGAAUGAUGAUGAGCCACGGGCGAUUCCCCGAAGGACUCAACGGAUUACCCGUCCGGCGGAUGGCCAUGAACCCCUAUGCCCAGCACCAGCACUCUUACAGCGGCCUGAUGAGCGAGCACCCGGCCGUCGGCUCCUUGUUACAUUACCCAGGCGGCAGCAACGUGAACUCCAACAACGGGGCGAUGAGGCAUCCGAUGGUCCCCGGGGGAAGGCAGGCGCCAGUCGGGCACCUGGGCAGCGUCUCCCCGCAGAACAUCAGGUACACCACUGGGCAACAACAACAACAGCAUCAACAACAACAACAACAGCAGCAGCAGCAGCAGCAGCAGCAGCAGCAGCAGCAAGCGCCGCCGCCUAACCCAGCGCAUCCCCAGUACAUGGGUCCGCCGGUCCCUGGGAGCAGUCCAGCCGCACAGCUCGCUGCCAGUAUGCAUUUGCAAAAAUUGACCAGUCAGUACUACGGCCACCAGCAUCACUAUAGCCUUACGGAGCUGCACCCCAACAAUGCAAUGCAACACCAACAACAACAACAACAACAACAGCAGCAGCAGCAGCAGCAGCAGUACACAGAGAUGAGGCAUCACAGCCCCGCUAUGCCACCUAGCCAUCACAUGUCUGCUGCAAUACUGCCACCUAACGUUAUAGACACGGAUUUUAUUGACGAGGAGGUGCUGAUGUCCUUGGUGAUCGAGUUCGGCUUGGACCGCAUCAAGGAACUCCCCGAACUGUGGCUGGGACAGAACGAUAUCGACUUAAUUGCCGAGUUUGUUUGUAAACAGCAACCCAGCCGGGUGAGCUGUUGAAAAGGAAGAGGGUGCGAGAAGAUUUUAACAAAAAAAAAGAGAAAUGCAAAAAAAAAACUCCCAGGAUCGAGAAUAUUCUAUUUACAUUCACAUCAGAGAGGAAAAAAAAUCUUUUUUUAAUUUGCUGUUUCUCCCGCAGAAUGUCGGUGAUUUUCACCAUUGGGUUUGAUUACAGAUUUCGCAGCACAUGUAACCCGUAAUAGAUGCAACUAUUUCUGUUUCGUUUUAAAUAGUUUGUUAUAAAUAUUUCUUUUUGAUUUUGAAACAAAAGAACCAAAACGAUAACUUGUAGACUGAGCCCCUGAAAAAUCUCACCCCAUCCAUAACUUGAAAGGGGGGGGGGGGGUGUACAAGGGUUUGUGGAGAUAUCUGCUGGGAUUUAAAAAAAAAGAGUUAGUUCACCGUUUAAAAUAAUAAUAAUAAUAAAAUCACUGUGUAUCGUUUGAAUGUUAAGCCAGCUGUGUGGAUAAGAGGGUGGUUUUUUUGUUUGGAGGAGAGCGAGCAAGAAAAAUCUUCCUCGAAAAGCCUUGAAUGCAGUUAACCCGAUUUUUGUUUUGAAACGGCAUUGAUAAAGAUCACGCAAAAAAAAAAAGCUGAAGGGAUGUGUGAUAGGUUUAUUGGCUUCAUUGCUUUUCUGCAAAAAAAAACUAACUCGCAGUUUAAAGGAAAAAAAAUCCUGCCUUUUUUAAAAGAAAGUCCUGUAACUUUAAUGACAAUCGACUUUCACACAAAGACAACAUUCCUCUGGGCUACGUUUCCCAGCCUCCUCCUCCUAGUGAAUGUUUGGGCAGUGCAGGCCGGAAUGUGUGCGUGUGUACAUGUGUUCUUGAGUGUGGGGGUGAAAAACAUUUCCCAAAAGUUUCUUUUUUUUUUAAAUACUUAAUGUUUCUUUGUUUACUUGCCACUACAGUGCUGAUUUAUAGUUUACAAUGAUAUUCUGUAUUGAAGCCAUUAGGUGUGGGGGGCUGGGGAGAGAAAAAACAUGGACAGUAUUUUUUUACAAACGUAAAUAUUGCAGAAAAUGUGUGUUUUCUUAAUUUAUUAUUCAAUGCUUUGUUUAUUUUGAGAAGGUUAUAAUAAAGAGCCUGGAGAUUAUGGUAA